ACGGCGCUGGGGAAGGGAAUGGAGCCCCGGGAGGGGCUGGGGGAGCUGGGAAAGGGCUGAGCCUGGAGAAAAGGAGGCUCAGGGGGACCUUGUGGCUCUGCACAGCUCCUGACAGGAGGGGACAGCCGGGGGGGUCGGGCUGUGCUCCCAGGGAACAGGGACAGGAGGAGAGGGAACGGCCCCAGGCUGGGCCAGGGGAGGGCAGGGGGGACAGCAGCAGGAAUUUCCCCAUGGAAAGGGAGCUCAGGCCUUGGCACUGCCCGGGGAGCUUUGGAGUGCCCAUCCCUGGAGGUGCCCAGGGGAUUCCUGGGGGUGGCACUCAGUGCCCCGGGCUGGGGACAGGGCGGGGAUGGGCACAGCUGGCACUCGAUGGGCUCGGAGGAUUUUUCCCAGGCGAAUGGAUUUGGGAUCUGUGUUCGUGCCUUGGCCCUCACAGGGAUACAUAAAUCACUGCCCUCAGUGCUCCAUCCGAGCCCAUCGUGCUGCAGGGACCGGGCUCCAGCAGCGGCUCCUGCUCCAGGGCUCGCCAUGGACUUCCUGACGCUCCUGCUGCUCUACCUGUGCUUCGUGCUCGCCGUCGCCGCCCUGCUCUGCCUCUGCUCGGGCAGGAGCGAGAGUUUCCUCGCCAGGAGAGCCCACAGGGCGAGCCAGGUGCUGUCACUGGUGAUCCCCACCCAGCUCCAGAGGGUGACACAGCAGGCACUGCACAGGCUCUUCCACACAAGGAGCUGUUUGUUUGUGGUCCUGCACAUAGCCCUGCAGGCUGCAGUGUUUGGGGAAUACACCUGGGAGGUGUUUGUGUACUGCUGGGAGCUGCAGUUCCACCUGCUCCCCCUGCUCCUGCCCUACCUGCUGCUGGCUGGGAACCUGGGCUGCUUCCUGCUCUGCUCCCGGGCCGAUCCUGGUACAGUAACAAAAUGCAAUGCUGCAGCCCUGGUUAAGGUGUAUGCCUACGAUGGGGUGUUGUUUCAGAGAGGCCUCGUGUGUCCCACGUGCACCGUGGAGAAGCCAGCCAGGUCCAAGCACUGCAGUGUCUGCAGGACGUGCGUGCACCGCUUUGACCACCACUGUGUGUGGGUGAACAACUGCAUCGGCGCCCGCAACGCCGGCGCCUUCCUGCUGUACCUGCUGUCCCUGACGGCCACGGCCGGGGCUGUGGCUGCUGUCACGGCUGCACUCCUCAUCCAGGUGCUGCUGCUCUCCAACAUCAUGCACGGCUCCUACCUGGAUGCCCAGGGGCAGGAGCAGCCCGUGGAGAUGCUGUUCCUCAUCCAGCACCUUUUCUUGACUUUCCCCAGGAUUGUCUUCAUGCUGGGGUUUGUCAUCCUGCUCACCCUCGUCCUGGGGGGAUAUUGCUCCUUCAGCCUGUACCUGGCCCUCACCAACCAAACCACCAAUGAAUGGUGCAAGUCCCGAAGAUUUGGGGGCUCCCCCCAUGUCCCCUCGCAGCCCCAUGACAGAGCCCUCGUCUACAAAAACAUUUACUCAGAAGGGAUCUGGAGGAAUUUAAAGGAAAUCUUUACCCCUCUUACAGUGUUGGAAAGGAGGAAGAAAACACGAUGAUGUUAUUGUUUCUCAGGGAUAUUUUAAAAUGUUUUCUAAGACUUUAGUUCAGCAGUGGGCUUGGCUGCCCCAGACAGAUUUUGGAACAAGAUUACUGCAGAAUUCACACAGUGGUGCCUCAGCAGAGCUGAGCUCCCUCCCUCAGUGAGACUCAGGGCCAGCUCAGUCCUGGCCCCUGAUUACAGGGAUUUGCUCCAUUUGAUUCCCAAAGAUUUCAUUCCCAAAGUCAAUCUUUCUCUCUGGGAAGGGCUAACACAGAAAUCCUAUGAAUUAUGAGGAAGAAGCAUCUUUUUUGUAUCUUUCUUUGGGAAACAAUUAGCCAAUGGCUGUUAACAAUGACUACAAGUUGUAUUUAGCUGAAAAAAUUAUUUCUGGCAGGAUCUUACUUGCAGAAACCAUGUCCUAUUACAGCUUUGGAGCAUUAACUUCAGGAAGGAAAUAAAAAUGUUCCUGUUCUUCCAGAAAUUCUUCUGUUUGAGUAUAAUAGAAGAGAAAUUGGAAAAAAAUAUAGUAAGAACUUUAAAUAA